AUGUCUACCCAAGACUCAACCUCCAUCCCCCUCUCAACCGCCCACGUCCAUGCCCCCUACAAACUCCUCGAGCUACCCCCCGCCCUCCUCAGUCUCCUCGAGUCCGACUCCCCGCCAACCCUGCACCUCACUCCCGGAACCGGCACACCACACGCUCUUCUCUCCACCCCAACAGGGACCUACCGGCUGCAACAGAAGAACACCUCCAAUCCGCUGAUGCUACUACGACCAUCCUUUUCAACAGAGGCGGGCACCGAGGGUGGUGAGGGGGGUGAUGGCGGGGUAGGAUGUGCAUCAGUAUGUGUGGUAGCCAGGAUAGAGGAUACCCUCGAACUCCUCCCGUACGAUCCCGCUGCGGAUGCGGCGCCAGUGAAGGCGAAAGCUGGGAAGUGGCAUGAGAAGUUUGCGGCAUCGAGGACGAAGAAGUGA